GGUUUUCAUCUUCUCCAUCUCCCCUGCUCCUCCUCCUUUCCCGGCGGCGACUCCAAACCUCGUCGCCGCCUUCGAUGCCCCGAUUGCUCGGGAAAAGGUCGCAAUUCCGUUGAUUAUCCCCAAUUCCUUCUCGAAUUGCUCAUCUUGAAGGUUAUUUGGUUGGAAUGGAUCCUGCAUCUGAUUCAGACUCAUCCAGUGGAGAUGACUUCAUUGAAGCAUGCCCAGAUAAUGCUUUUGUCACGACGGAGGAGGAUCCUUCAUGUGAUGAGGAGAGAGCUGACUUAGAUGUUGAUGAGAAGUUAAACUCUACUCAGGAUGCUCCUGGAGAGGAUUCUUUAUCUUCAAAGGAAAGUGAGGAUGCAUCAAAUGCAGAUAAUACUGUUGUUACAGAUAGAUUGCCUGCUCCAAAGGCGGUGGGCAACAUGUUAUUGGAGCCAGAAGUUGGUAUGCUAUUUCAUUCAGAAGAUGAAGCAUUUGAGUUUUACAAUUCAUAUGCCAAGAGGAAAGGCUUUAGUGUGCGGAAGGGGCAUCUUGCUAAAAGAAAAGAUGGAAGUAUACGGGUUAGAAUUUUUUUGUGCAGCAAUGAAGGUUUGCGGCAGACUCAUCGGACACAUAUAACAAGGAAACCGCGUGUAAAUGAGAGGACAAAUUGUAAAGCUCGUAUUGAGUUCAAGGUAGAUCGUGAUUAUGUAUGGGCUGUAAGAAAAGUAAAUUUAGAGCACAAUCACCCACUGGCAAGUCCAAGCAAGUCUUUCAUGUUGAGAUCACACAGAAAAAUUUGGCGUUCUCAGCUUGGAGUGAUAUGUGAGGUGGAGAAUGAUGAAGCAGGCGAAGACCCUCAUGGUGCAGAAUGCCAUGUAAAGAGAAUGAGAGAUUUAGAAAAACAAGAUAUGCAGGUCCUUUUGGACUAUAUGAUGACUAGGCAAUCAGAGGAUCCCUCAUUCUUCUAUGCCAUGCAACUUGAUGUUAAUGGACAGUUAACCAAUUUCUUCUGGGCUGAUGGGCGAUCUAUUGUUGAUUACUCCUACUUUGGUGAUGUAGUCUCCUUUGAUACAACCUAUCGGUUAAGUAAUUUUGACAUUCCAUUUGCACCUUUUCUUGGUGUAAACCAUCAUAAGCAACCUGUAUUAUUUGGUUCAGCACUGCUAUUAGAUGAAAGUAUUGAAUCAUUUAUCUGGUUAUUCAAGACAUUUAUGACAGCAAUGUCCUGCCGGCAGCCAAAUACAUUUCUUACAGAUCAUUGUGAUGCAAUUUCAAAGGCAGUUGAGAUGGCAUUCCCUGAGACAAGGCAUUUACUCUGCCUUUGGCAUAUCUUUCAGAACUCUGUGAAGCAUCUUUCUGAAAUCUAUGCCAAGGAAUCUAAUUUUGAGAAGGACUUCAAAAGCUGCAUGUAUGAAGCUGGGUCAGAAGAGGACUUUCAGACUGGAUGGAAUAGCUUAAUGAAAAAGUAUGACCUUGAGGGUAUCUCUUGGGUGAAGGACUUGUUUGAGGAUCGAGAGCGAUGGGCUUUAGUUUAUAAUCAAAGUUCCUUUUUAGCUAAUAUGCUGACUAUGGAGUGGAGAGACAGCAUGAGUCAUCUCUUCAGAAAGUAUUUCAACAGGAAAUUGCCUUUCUCCAAAUUCCUGGAACAAUAUCAUAAGGCAGUUAUACGGUGUCGUGAGAAAGAAUCAUUUGAAGAUUUUAAAUCAAGGCAAUCUAAACCUCUUCUUUUGGGCAAUGUGUCUAUGUUAACUCAAGCAGCAGAAUCAUAUACUCGGCUGAUUUAUGAGGAUUUUGAGGAAGAGUUCAAGAAUCAAUUCGCCUGUCUUUGUGAGGCUCUUGGGGCUAACAGAACAACAUACUCCUUCAAAGUUUCUCUGCCCAAAGACCAUUCUUCUGGGCAAGUUUUGUUCAAUCCAACGGAUGUUAUGAUCUCAUGCAGUUGUAAGAAGUUUGAAUGUAACGGCAUCUUAUGCAUGCAUAUCCUUAAGGUUCUUAAUAAUAAUAACAUCCUUACUCUUCCUUCUCAAUACAUUCUAAAAAGGUGGACAAAGUAUGCAAAGAAUGGUCUGGUAUAUUCUGGACAUUUACCUGGGAUUGACUCAGAUGGUCAUGAACCAUUGGCAUUGCAUUACAAUCGGAUCUGCCACAAGGCAAUUGCUGUUGCAAUCAAAAGUUCAGCUUCCAAGGAUGCCCUUGAAUUAUUUGAGAAUGGACUUGACCAAUUAAUGGGAGAAGUAGACAAUCUGUUGCACAAUGCUCCAAAUGAUGGAGAGCAAGGCAGGCGUAAAGCUCGACCUAAGGGCGCACAUGAGAAGAAAAGAAAGAGGGAUGCCCAAGAUGCAUGCAAGGCAUCUGAUGCGGUCACAAUUGAUAAUCCAUCUCAGAGCAAAGGACAAAUUGAUGAUGGGACUGCUGGUGUCAUGAUUGAUGAAUCCUCACAUGUUCCUCCUUAUAAUCGUGAGGACUUGACAUUACCAUACAUCAAUGCUAUUCCAAUGCAACCUAAUGGUAUUUCAGGAUAUGCAUCAUUUCCUCCAGAAACUGUUAUUUCAAAUCAGGCUUCAUUUGCACCUCCACAAGGCAUCUUUGAUCAUACAAUAACCUCUCUGCAUGUUGGUGAUCCUAACAAACCAAGGAGCACUAACUCAGGCUCUGUUGGUGGUCAUAUGCCUAUUAUGCCUGGACAGUCCAACAAUUACACCAACUGGGAGCUUCAAUCUUUUAACAUUCCGAAUAUUGUCAUGUCUCACCGCCAUCUAAGUCAAUCUGUGCAUUCAAAUGUUCCGAGCAAACAACAAGCUUUGUCUCACAAGCUCAACCUUGACAUCAAUAAAGGGAACUGAGGUGGACAAUAUUCACAAACUCUGUUUAGCGGUACAGCUUGUGGCGGGUAAUGUGUAUUUUCUGUGUAGCUCAUGGUGCUUGCACAACAAGAGUAGAGAAAUCCUGUGUCAUUAAAAUCUUUAUAUAUAUAUAUAUAUAUUACUUAGUUUCUAACAAAAUGUUGCUUUGGUAUUACUAACUUGUAAUCAAGUGGUCUAAUAUUGACAAUAUUCUUGUUCAAGUUGAUGGGAGGCUGCAUUAUUGAUGUUGAGCGCAAAUGUAACCUUUUUGUACAGAUAGUUUACUCUUGUAAUUAAUGUUGUGUUUUGUCCUAACUUCUA